AAAAAAAAAAAUUUAAUAAAAACAAAAGACAAGAGCCGGUGAAGCGCAAGAAAUCUGGGGACUAUAGGGAUCGUUUAAAAAACGUCAUUGUCGUCAUGUUAGCGACGGCUUUGGCAACGUCGUCGUGGGAUUCAUCGUCGUCGGACGACUUAUCGUCAAGUGGACGCCGGCCUCAUUGCCAUCACGCGCACAAUCAUCGCUAUAAUCACCAACAACAAUUGGAAGAAGAGGCCAAUAACACGGAUGGAGAGCCGGAGGCGGUGGCGUCGGCCCGCGAGAAGAAAAGCCGCGCCGGAAGCAAUCGUUCCGUUCAUCAGAUUCAACUUCAGCUGCAGCUCCAGCACCAGCGACAGCAGAGUUACGUCUAUCCGAAAUUGCAAUUAGUCCAGAUCGACGACGCGUGGUACGCGCUCAAUCAGACUUGCUUGCAGAUUUACCAACAGUUGCAGAUGUGCGGUACGGCUCAACUGAUGCCCGUCGACGUCGUCCCUCUCCACAAGCUGCCGGAAUGCGUGAGGAAAUCGCUGUCGCCUUCGGACGAAGCCAACAGGAGCAACAACCGUCGACGGAGCAACCAGCCGACGGGCGGAACGAGCCAAGCUCAUCAUCGUCGCGUCGGUAGCCAUGACGACGAUGACGACGCACUUGUGGGCCCCAAUGCGGCCGCCGACGGUGCCAACGCAACGGCUGGCAACUCGCAGAUGGGCACCUUCCGCGUCUACGACAUCAUGAGCGACGCUGCAUCCACGGCGGCCUCGUCUGAUGCUUCGACUCCGCCUUUCCGUCGGCCGACGGAUGCAACGGCGAACGGUAGUCAUGCAGCUGCAGGGGACAAGUCUUGGUGGUCCCGCUUCUUUCACGGAGGCAACAAUAGCGCCAGCAACGUCACUCCUUCCACCGGAGGCAGUGCGACGUGGAUGGCAUCCUGCAGACGACGUCAGCCUCCGGGUAUCCAGCAUCCAUUUCGCCGUAGGCAUCGCCAAAUUGUUCAGAAGCUCAUGGAGGAGACCUCGCUAACGGAGGAAGACAAUCGCCGAGAAAGAGAAACGCUGCUGAAUGGAUGCCCUUCAUCAUCCGCGCCGGAUGUCGACGGAUGUGAAUCGGUCGACGUCCGUCGCGAGCACGAACCAGAUGGCCAGUUCACCUGUGUCGUGUGUCAGUCUGUCUUCUCGACUCACCGCCUCUUGCAGAGACACCGUGAACGUGCCAAUCACUUUGGGUGCACUGUCUGCUGCAAGAGCUUCAAAAACUGGUCCUCGCUGCAGGACCAUUGUGAACUUUUGUCGCAUUGGUCUGAAGAAGAUUCAGACGAAGAUUCUGGCGACGAUUUUGAUUCUGAUGAAUAUUUAUUUUCGUCUAGCGAUGACGAAUGAAAUCAUUCCUUGGGCAAUCGUGGCCAAGUUUAAUAGCUAGCUGAAACGCCCACGUUAUUCAUCCUUCGCAGGCAUCCAUACCGACACUUUCGCGUAUAGAUACGUAUACACAUAAUAUACGAUACAUAUAAACGUUGGAAUGAAUCUUUAUUGCUCCGUUUGUGUGUCCUACUGGUAUAACUUCGUUUUACAUGAUACAUUAUAGUCGUUUUCUCGUUUACAUUUUGUUUGUUGCGAAAGGAAAUAAACUUUUGAAACAUU